GAAUCUAUAUAAGACUUAUACGUCACUUCCGCUCUCUCUUCCACAGGAGGCCUACACGCUGCCGUCUGUGCCGCCGCCAUGUCUCUAGUGAUUCCUGAGAAGUUCCAGCACAUUUUGCGAGUACUCAACACCAACAUCGAUGGGCGGCGGAAAAUAGCCUUCGCCAUCACUGCCAUUAAGGGCGUGGGGCGGAGAUAUGCUCAUGUGGUGUUGAGGAAAGCAGACAUCGACCUCACCAAGAGGGCUGGAGAACUCACGGAGGAUGAGGUGGAGCGAGUGAUCACCAUCAUGCAGAACCCACGACAGUACAAGAUUCCAGACUGGUUCCUGAACAGACAGAAGGAUGUGAAGGAUGGGAAGUACAGCCAGGUUCUGGCCAACGGUCUAGACAACAAGCUGCGUGAGGACCUGGAGCGGCUCAAGAAAAUUCGAGCCCAUAGAGGGCUGCGCCACUUUUGGGGCCUUCGUGUCCGCGGUCAGCACACCAAGACCACUGGCCGCAGGGGCCGAACUGUGGGUGUAUCCAAGAAGAAAUGAGUCUCUGGGCCUUUGCUGUUAAUAAAUAGUUUAUAUACCUAUGA